CGUUCUAUUGAUAAGAGUCGAGAAUCGUGAACGCGGACACAUUGUCCGUCCAUCCCGGCAUGAGGAUCCACCUUCUGCUCCUAUGCGGAGUAGUUCUUGUUUCAAAUGAAAUUCACUCAUCGAAAGUUUACAGUGGAGAUAAUCCUGACUUCAACAGUCAAAAAACAGUCCAUGACCCUCUAUUGAAUGACCUUAUCAAGGCAGACGAACCUCAAAAACUACCGGAAAAAAGUAAUGGUUCCUUUGAAAGCAGCUCGAUUGACGCCAUAAAGAAUGAUGCAAGUCUCGAUAGAGCAUCUAACGAUGGAUUUAAAGUGGGAAACAUACAUAUCACUGGUCUUGGGUCAAAGCCUCGACUUAGCAAACUUUGCAUGAGAAAAGAUUGGCGACAACGUGUGAAAGACGCGCAUCUAUGUAUCACCCUGCGAGGUUCGCGAAACAGGAAGCAAAAGAAAGAACGACGUUGGCGAAACAGAUUGCGAAGGCGUCGUCGAAGGCGUCGAGAGCGUUAUGCACGCCGAAGCAGGCGCGCUGUGCUACGUUUCAAGUAUCACAGAGUUUGGAGGCCUAUUGUCAAGUGGCGUGGUGGGUACCGCAUGCGCUAUCGACGUCGAUGGAUAAAGUUUGAAUAUCGCCGAGGGAGGAACUUUGUAGCAACUCUCAAUGGUAAACAUCGCAAAGUACGUAGAAUCAGACGUCGCUUUAAGAUUCUCGUGGGUCGCAAAAGGUGGUCAUAUAUCAAAAGACGUCGUGGAAGGCUCGGUGUUUACUGGAGAGGGCGAUACAGACCAAUUAAGCUUAAAGGAAUUCGCCUCAGGAUACGUUACGGUAUGAGGUGGAGAGUCGUCCGAGGAAAGCUUCCCAAAGGAAGAAGACAGAGACGAAAAAGGAGACGUGCAAAAAGGCGACGACAAAGGAAGCUCGUGAGGAAGUGGCGUCGCAUGUUCCGACGCCAAAGACGACGGAAAAGACGGCGUAAUGUUUUUCGCUUUAAACUUAGCAAAAAGUGGAUUAAUGUUUACCGUCAAGGGAGACAUUUUAGGGGCCGAAUAAGAAGAAAGUGGAAAAAAAUAAGGUAUCGCAAUAACAGAAUUGGAAUCAGAGGUAGGAGGGGCUGGCAAUGGCUACCUAGAAAACCAGUCAAGGUUCGAAUGGACCGACGCUGGCGGUUACUGCGGUUAAUUCGCGGGAAACCUCGCGUCAGAUUUAGAAAUGGACUAAGACGACUUCGUUUAAAACGCGGUAGGGCUCGAAUCAUGUACAGAGGUGCAUGGAGGCGGCCAAGGACGCGAAGAGUAAUACGAAGAAGGCAGAGACGACGACGAGAGAGGUCAAGAAGGACGAUGAGAAGGGCGAGACGCAGGCGCCGAAAGAUGUUACCUAGAACUGUCAUGCGCGUUAGGUUCAGGGGACGACAAAGAAAGAUUUAUAGGCGAGGAAAAAGCCUUCGGAUACGUUAUAGAGGUCGAAAAAGACCAGUAAGAUAUAGGAAUCGAACAGGACAGAUCUCUUUCCGGUUUGGAAGACGACGAAUCUACAUUAGAAGUCGACCUCAGUUUAUGAUCAAAAGGCGAUGGCGUCGUGCAAGACGAUACAAAGGCAAGAUGAGUGUUCGUGUUGGACGAAGGUACCAGCGAGUCAAGGUGAUGCUCGGAAGAACCGUUUUUCGAGGACACAGUAGAUGGAGAGGAAUCAGGCGUCCAAAGAUCAGAGGAAGAGCUGUGAUGCGGCUCAUGUUUGCAAUAUUUUGUUGCCAAGUAAGUAAACGACUUUUAAUUGACAUCUGCUAUGACAUUUCAGAUAUGAUAAUCGAACAGGACGGUUGUCCUACCGACUUGGAAAACGACGACGUUACAUCAAAAGUCGACCUCAGUUCUUGA